CUCGCCGCUGACGGGGCCGCGCGCAUCCCGCCCGUCGUCGUCGUCGUCGUCGCCGUUUUCGGGAGUGCGCGCGCGCGCGCGAGCAUCAAGGGCAAGAGACGCGAGCAUCCCGUUCUUUCAUCAUCGUCAUUCGUCAUCUUCACCGUCGGGCGUCGUUGUUUCGAAGGAAAGGUGCGCGCGCGUUAACUGACGUGUGGCGCGUGCUUGUGCGCGGGAAUCAACAGGGCUGAGCGCGCGCACGCCCCAAAAAAAAAAAGAACAACAACACAAGAGAAGGAGAGAGACCAGCGCGUCGACAUCCGUGAAAGAGCCACAAGCCGGACCUGUGGCUGGCCCAACGGACGCGCCAAGGAGACUGGAAGCAGCUGGGCUAAUUGAGCCAAGAGGCAAUCGGCGGAUGCUUUUAUUUUGAAAAAAAAAACCCCAACAAACAAACGAACAUGGAGGUGCGUGCGUCACUGCUGCUGCUGGCGCUGCACUGCGGCGCGGUGGCGCUGUGCGGCUGCGAGCCGCGCGUGGUCAACGUGGGCGCCGUGUUGAGCCAGAAGCGCUACGAGCAGGUGUUCCGCGACGCGGUGGCGCACGCCAACGCCGCCUACGGCCGCGACCGCUUCAAGAUGAACGCCAUCGCCGUCACGCACAAAGCCAACGCCAUCCAGAUGGCGCUCUCCGUGUGCGAGGACCUCAUCUCCAACCAGGUGUACGCCAUCUUGGUGAGCCACCCGCCUCAGUCCAACGACCACCUGACGCCGACGCCCGUGUCCUACACGGCGGGCUUCUACCGCAUCCCCGUGGUGGGCCUGACCACGCGCAUGUCCAUCUACUCCGACAAGAGCAUCCACCUGUCCUUCCUGCGUACGGUUCCGCCCUACUCGCACCAGGCCAGCGUUUGGUUCGACUUGAUGCGAGAGUUCCGCUGGAACCACAUCAUCCUCAUCGUCAGCGACGACCACGAAGGGCGAGCCGCGCAAAAGAGACUCGAAACGCUCCUGGAGGAGAAGGAGACCAAGACUAAAAUCAGGAACAAUGAAAACAUGGAGCAACACGGCUUUGACUUCCGGAGAACGCCUAAGGCCGAGAAAGUUCUGCUGUUUGGUCCAGACACCAACCUGACAGCCAUGCUCCUGGACGCAAAAGACCUGGAGGCCCGCGUCAUCAUCCUCUCUGCCAGCGAGGACGAAGCGGCAGGCGUUUACAAGGCGGCCCGUCAUCUAAACAUGACCGGUUCCGGUUACGUCUGGAUCGUCGGGGAGAGAGAAAUGAGCGGAAGAGCUUUGACUGAGGCACCGGACGGCUUGCUGGGUCUGCAGCUGAUAAACGGUAAGAACGAGUCGGCUCACAUCAUGGACGCCGUGGGAGUCGUGGCGCAGUCCCUGCAGGAGCUUCUGGACAAAGAGAACAUCACGGAACCUCCGCGCGGGUGCGUGGGCAACACCAACAUCUGGAGGACCGGACCCCUCUUCAAAAGGGUGCUGAUGUCAUCAAAGUAUGCUGAGGGCCUGACCGGUCGCAUCGAGUUCAAUGACGACGGCGACCGGCGCUUCGCCACUUACAAUAUCCUCAACUACCAGCAGAAGUCCGGAAGAAUUGUACAGAUCGGAAUAUUCAACGGAUCGCAGGUGGUGAUCAACCCGCAGAGGAAGAUCAUCUGGCCUGGCGGGGAAACGGAAAAGCCAGUCGGCUACCAGAUGUCAACCAAACUCAAAAUCGUGACCAUUCACCAGGAGCCGUUUGUGUAUGUGAAGCCCACAAAAGCGGACGGAACGUGUAAGGAGGAAUACACGGUCAACGGAGUCCUCAUCAAGAAGGUUAUCUGCACCGGACCCAACAGAACCAUCCCAGGUCAGCCGACGGUUCCUCAAUGUUGUUACGGCUUCUGCAUCGACCUCCUCAUCAAGUUGGCCAUGAGCAUGAACUUCACUUAUGAGGUUCACUUGGUGGCCGACGGGAAGUUUGGAACACAAGAGAGGGUGAACAACAGCAACAAGAAGGAGUGGAACGGCAUGAUGGGCGAGCUCCUGGGGGGUCUGGCCGACAUGAUCGUGGCCCCCCUCACCAUCAACAAUGAGCGCGCGCAGUACAUCGAGUUCUCCAAGCCCUUCAAGUACCAGGGACUCACCAUCCUCGUCAAGAAGGAAAUCCCUCGCAGCACACUGGACUCGUUCAUGCAACCUUUCCAGAGCACCUUGUGGCUCCUUGUCGGCCUGUCGGUCCACGUGGUGGCAGUGAUGCUCUACCUAUUAGACCGUUUCAGCCCAUUUGGAAGGUUCAAAGUGAACAGUGAAGAAGAAGAAGAAGACGCCCUCACCUUGUCCUCGGCUAUGUGGUUCUCCUGGGGAGUCCUCCUCAAUUCCGGGAUCGGAGAAGGAGCCCCGAGGAGUUUUUCGGCGAGGAUUCUAGGAAUGGUGUGGGCGGGCUUCGCCAUGAUCAUCGUGGCAUCGUACACGGCCAACCUGGCCGCCUUCCUGGUGCUGGACCGGCCUGAGGAGCGCAUCACUGGCAUCAACGACCCCAGGCUGAGGAACCCGUCGGACAAGUUCAUCUACGCGACGGUGAAGCAGAGUUCAGUGGACAUUUACUUCCGGCGUCAAGUGGAGUUGAGCACCAUGUACCGGCACAUGGAGAAGCACAACUACGAGAGCGCCGCUGAGGCCAUCCAGGCUGUCCGAGACAACAAGCUGCACGCCUUCAUCUGGGACAGCGCCGUGCUGGAGUUCGAGGCCUCGCAGAAAUGCGACCUCGUGACCACCGGGGAACUUUUCUUCCGCUCGGGCUUCGGCAUCGGGAUGAGGAAGGACAGCCCCUGGAAACAGAACGUGUCACUCGCCAUCCUCAGUUCCCACGAGAACGGCUUCAUGGAGGAUCUGGAUAAGACGUGGGUUCGCUACCAGGAGUGCGACUCCAGGAGCAACGCGCCCGCCACUCUCACCUUUGAGAACAUGGCAGGCGUGUUCAUGCUGGUGGCGGGAGGCAUCGUGGCGGGCAUCUUCCUCAUCUUCAUCGAGAUCGCCUACAAGCGCCACAAGGACGCCCGCAGGAAGCAGAUGCAGUUGGCGUUCGCCGCCGUCAAUGUCUGGAGGAAGAACCUGCAGCCGUACCCGACCGACAUCACCGGACAGAUGAACUUAUCGGACCCCUCCGUCAGCACCGUGGUCUGAACGCCGCGGCCACGCCCACAAAACCCCCAAUACACACGUACACAAAACACGCGAGCACAUUCCAGUAAGUCAUUUUAUUUUGCUAGCGUAAGUGUUUCCUGGUUAUUUAGGGCGGAGCCAGUGGGCGCCAUAAAACAAGUUAAAAUCCUUAUUAAUAAUAAUAAUAAUAAUAAUAAUAUUAAUGAGAAGUUUGCAGGGUACACUGUCGUGCGGUGUUGAUGUGACAUCACCAAGAUGUUUGUGAAUAAUUUCGAACGAUUCUGAGCAAUAUAGCAAAAGAUCAACACCAGUUGCUGGCAACUUUAUGUUGCUGGUCGCCCGCCCGCCUCCGAGGCUCCGCCCCCUAACACUCCCACGGCAUGCUGGGAUCGAUGAUGUCAUCAGACUCGUAUUAUGAUGUCACUCUGUCUACCUCCACCGGCCAGCCAACACAAAGCAACACGUGUCACGUGUGUCAUCAAAAUGUUUCGCACGCGUGAAAAACGCUUGUUGCUUUUUACCGGCUUCACAUCGCUUUGUUUUGUUUUUAGCAGUGAGGAGAUUAGCCACAUGUAGCAGCAUUUUCACAGAGCUAGCAUGUUUCGCUCAGAAUACCGACGGAGAUUUGGGGCCUCGUGUACUAAAGAUGUGAUAUUUUUAAUGAAAAGACCAAGGUUGCUUGACAGAGCGACGUGUGCACGUAAGAGCUACGCGGAUGAAGACUGGCCGCCGUUUGUAAUUGAAAGUUUUGCGUCAAUUCACAGAACCAUCGCUCGUUGUUGAGCGCGGAUGACAGCAUGCCAAAAAGAUUUGCUUUUCAGGCCUCCGCUUUAUUGUCCGGCGUCUUCAGCUCACAUUUGUGACUCAUGACUCGUGAUAAUGUGCUAGUCGGAUUAUGCAGAGGGAGGAAUUCCCAUCAGCAGGUCCUGUUUAGGCUCAUCAAGAUGUGUGGGGGGAGAAGAGGAGGAGAAAGAUGUCGAUUUAGUCAGUCGUUUUUUUUGGUGGGUUUUUUUUGGCCGCAUGCCUUGUUUCAG